AUGGCAGCCGAAGGUAGCUCUACGAUUGAAUCAUCGGUACUUGCCAAUACCCUCCAAAGUCAUGUGGAUGAUAUCCGUGGCCUACUCCAAUGUGGGAUCUGUGUUCGACCUCUCUACGAGCCCUUCACCCUUGCAUGCGGACACACAUUUUGUUACUCUUGCCUAGCAUCCUGGUUCGCUGCAGGAAGAUCAAAACGAACAUGCCCAGAUUGUCGAGCACCGGUCAAAACACAGCCUGCGCCAGCUUAUCUGGUUCGCGCCAUUGUCCAGUUGUUCACUAGUCGACCAGAGCUUUUAGAUAAAGAGGAGACGACAGCAGAACACUCGAAAAAUCAUCAGGAGGAAUCAGAAAGGCUGGACAAGGAUAAAGCAAACACAGACCCGCAAAGUGGAGGUUUGUUUGGAGGCCUUUUCAAAGAGAAGCCUCAGCAGCUGAAACCAGUCAACGACAAUGAUGAUGGUGUCACUCGCUGUCCCCACUGUAAUUGGGAGCUUGAGGAUGGGUUGAAUUGUGGAGGGUGUGGUUACAUCUAUCAGCCUGAUUCCGAGGGCACAGACUACAGUGGAUCGGAUUUCAGUGACACGGAUUUUGAUUCCAUGAUAGAAGGAGAUGAGGACGAGGAUGAAGAUGAAGACGAGGAUGAUUUUGAUGGCGACAGAAUGCAUGAUGUGCAUCAUGGUUCGCAUCCGAAUCUACCACCACGAUUUAAUCAGCGGCCGCCUGAUUUUGGCCCACACAUGUUCCCCUCGUUCAUGCACAGUUUCAACCCGAUGCAGUCGAUGCAUUCGAUGCAUUUUCAACUUCAUCCAGAUCUCGUGAAUCAAUUCAUAAGACCUAGAAACUCUGCCCCAGCAGCAGCUUUGCGCCAUCGCUAUGAGCAACAGCAGUAUGGAUAUGACCAUCAAGAAGAGGAGUAUGAAGAGUAUGAAGAUGACGAAGAGGGCUACGAAGAGUCAUUUAUUGAUGAUGAAGAACAUGAAGGUCACGAGAGGAGGGAGGAUUCGCAAUCUGAUCGCUCAACUGUUGUUGGCAGCAGCUCACAGAACCCACCUUUACGAGCACCGCCUAUUGUGCAAUACCCACCAGUGUUCGGCCCUAACUCUACAUCUAGGCCAGAUGAGAUUGACUGGAGACUUCAAGAUCAGCAUGAACUUCAGAGGUUGAGAACUGGAUGGCCCUCGCACAGAAUCACGUCGUCAUCAGAGGUGGGUCGCUCAUCUUCAAUACACAGUCAUAUCCCGAGUGAUGAGAAGGAAGAAGAAGAUGAGGAUGAGGAUGGGGAUGAGAAUUCUGAUGAGAAUUCUGAUGAGGUCUCUGAUGAGGAUGAUGAUGAGCUCGAAGACGAGGAAGAGGAUUUCGAUGUUCCACAUUUGGGUAUCUCUCGCCGCUAUCAACACGCGGUCCUUCAGUCCUCAGAAGAAGAAGAGGAGGAGAGCGACGACGAGGAUUCUCGCGACUUCUCUGGACCACCCCCAAGGACGACGGGAUCAUCUGUUCGCAAUGCUAUCACUAUUGAUGAUUCGGAUGAGGAACCUGUUGGUCCUAUACGACGAACAGCUCAGAGACGCCAAGCUCGAUUUUCACCGUACUGA